AUGGAUCGGCAGCGGCCGCGGCCACAUCACGCGACACAGGGCUCCUCUGCCGGGGUCCCCCACGCCUCCUCUUCCUCUCUCCGCGGCUGCCGGGGAGGGAAGGUGCCCGGCAGGAAGGGCCCCCAACACCCGCAGCCGCCCGGCGGCCCCGAGGAGCCUGGAGAGAAACGCGCCAAAUUUCAUUUACAUAUAAGGACACUGACUGAUGAUAUGCUGGACAGAUUUGCCAGCAUAAGAAUUCCAGGGAGCAAGAAGGAGAGACCUCCACUUUCCAACCUGAAGACUGUCUUUGCGAACAGUGAUUGCUCUUUAGAGACCAUGCAAAAUAUUCCAAAGCCAUUGUCGGAGAAAGAAGUCUUAGAACUUUUUGAAAAGAUGAUGGAAGAUAUGAAUUUAAAUGAAGAUAAAAAGGCACCAUUGCGGGAAAAGGACUUCAGUAUCAAAAAAGAAAUGGUGAUGCAGUACAUUAAUACUGCUUCCAAGACAGGGACGCUUAAGCGUAGUCGACAGAUUUCAUCUCAGGAAUUUAUCCAUGAACUGAAAAUGGGGGUUGCAGAUGAGAGACUUGUCACAUGCCUGGAGUCCCUACGAGUAUCAUUGACUAGUAAUCCUGUGAGUUGGGUGGAAAGCUUUGGACAUGAAGGCCUUGGAUUAUUGCUAAACAUUUUGGAAAGACUGAUUCAUGGGAAAAGUCAAGAAAAAAUAGUAAAGAAGAACCAACAUAAAGUCAUACAAUGUCUAAAGGCCUUGAUGAAUACACAGUAUGGAUUGGAAAGAAUUAUGAGUGAAGAGAGAAGUCUUUCUUUACUGGCCAAAGCCAUCGAUCCUGAGCACCCACAUGUGAUGACCGAUGUGGUUAAACUCCUCUCUGCAGUGUGCAUUGUAGGGGAAGAAAGCAUCCUUGAAGAAGUUUUAGAAGCCUUAACGUCAGCUGGAGAAGAAAGAAAAAUUGACAGAUUUUCUUCUAUUGUGGAAGGUCUUCGGCACAAUUCAGUACAAUUGCAAGUAGCGUGUAUGCAGCUCAUCAAUGCCCUUGUUACCUCUCCUGAUGAUUUGGACUUCAGGCUUCACAUCAGAAAUGAAUUUAUGCGUUGUGGAUUGAAAGAGAUCUUGCCUAACUUAAGACAUAUUAAGAAUGAUGGCUUGGACAUCCAACUUAAAGUCUUUGAUGAGCAUAAGGAAGAAGAUUUUAUUGAAUUCUCCCAUCGCCUUGAAGAUAUUAGAGCUGAACUUGAUGAAGCAUCUGAUGUUUACAACAUUCUGUGGAACAGAGUUAAGGAAACUGGAGCAGAAAAAUAUUUUAUUUCUAUUCUUCAGCAUCUUUUAUUGAUUCGAGAUGAUUAUUUUAUCAGGCAACAGUACUUCAAAUUAAUUGAUGAGUGUGUAUCUCAGAUUGUAUUGCAUAGAGAUGGGAUGGAUCCAGACUUCACAUACCGGAAAAGACUAGACUUAGAUUUAGGUCAAUUUAUUGAUACUUGCAUUGAUCAAGUGAAACUAGAAGAGUUUGAAGAGAAAGCAUCGGAAUUUUACAAUAAAUUUGAAAAAGAGUUUACCGACCACCAAGAAACGCAGGCUCAGUUGCAGAAAAAAGAGGCAAAGAUUAAUGAGCUUCAAGCAGAGUUACAAGCCUUUAAAUCUCAGUUUGGCGUCUUGCCAGCUGACACGGUUACCUCUUUGCCUCAGUUACCCAACACUGGAACCAGCCCUGCAGCACUUCUCCCUUCUACAUCACUGCCCUCUUGCUCAGAUGUGCCACCGCCGCCUCCACCUCCGCCGCCACCACCGCCACCUCCUUUACUUCCAGGAAUGUCCCUGCCAUUUGGUGGUCCUGUGCCUCCUGCACCUCCCCUGGGAAUUCUCAGUGGAGGGAAGUCUCCUCCUCCACCAACCCUGCCAUUUGGGUUAAAACCAAAGAAAGAAUUUAAACCUGAGACCAAUAUGAGGAGACUGAAUUGGUUAAAGAUUAGACCCCAUGAAAUGACUGAAAGCUGUUUCUGGAUAAAAGCAAAUGAAAAUAAGUAUGAAAAUGUGGAUUUACUUUGUAAACUCGAGAAUGUAUUUUGUUGCCAACAAAAAGAGAGAAGAGAAGAGGAAGAUUUUGAAGAAAAAAAAGCUCUUAAGAAAAAAAUCAAAGAACUGAAAUUUCUAGAUUCUAAAAUUGCCCAGAAUCUUUCAAUCUUCCUGAGCUCUUUUCGGGUGCCAUAUGAGGAAAUCAAAAGGAUGAUAUUGGAAGUGGAUGAAACACACUUGGCAGAGUCUAUGAUUCAGAACUUAAUAAAACAUCUUCCUGAUCAAGAGCAGUUAAAUUCAUUGUCUCAGUUCAAGAAUGAUUACAACAACUUAUGUGAACCCGAGCAGUUUGCUGUUGUGAUGAGCAACGUGAAGAGACUACGGCCACGGCUCAGUGCUAUUCUCUUUAAGCUUCAGUUUGAAGAGCAGGUGAACAACAUCAAACCUGACAUCAUGGCUGUCAGUACUGCGUGUGAAGAGAUAAAGAAGAGCAAAAGCUUUAGCAAGUUGCUGGAACUGGUAUUGCUAAUGGGAAACUACAUGAAUGCCGGCUCCCGGAAUGCUCAAACCUUCGGAUUUAACCUUAGCUCCCUCUGUAAACUAAAGGACACAAAAUCAGCAGAUCAGAAAACAACACUGCUUCAUUUUCUGGUGGAAAUAUGUGAAGAAAAACACCCUGAUAUUCUGAAUUUUGUGGAUGAUUUGGAACAUUUAGACAAAGCUAGUAAAGUCUCUGUAGAAAUGCUGGAAAAGAAUUUGAAACAGAUGGGAAGGCAGCUUCAACAGCUUGAGAAAGAUUUGGAAACCUUUCCACCUCCUGAGGACUUGCAUGAUAAGUUUGUGACAAAGAUGUCCAGCUUUGUUAUCAGUGCAAAGGAACAAUAUGAAAAACUUUUCAAGUUGCAUGAAAACAUGGAAAAGUUAUACCAGUGUGUAAUGGGAUACUAUGCCAUUGAUGUGAAGAAGGUGUCUGUGGAAGACUUCUUUACUGACUUGAGUAACUUCAGGACUUCAUUCAUGCAAGCAAUAAAGGAUAAUGUCAAAAAAAGAGAAGCAGAGGAAAAAGAAAAACGUGCCAGGAUAGCCAAAGAAUUGGCAGAGAAAGAAAGAUUUGAGCGACAGCAAAAGAAAAAGCGCUUAUUAGAAAUGAAGACUGAGGGUGAUGAGACAGGAGUGAUGGAUAGUCUGCUGGAGGCCUUGCAGUCGGGAGCUGCCUUCCGCGACCGAAGGAAAAGGACACCUAAGCCGAAAGAUAUUCGACAAAGUCUCAGCCCACUGUCACAGAGGCCUGUUCUCCAAGUUUGUAACCAUGAAAAUCAAAAAGUGCCUCUGACAGAAGGGUCACGUUCACACUGCAAUAUCAAUUGCAACUCAACAAGAACUCCAGUCGCCAAGGAACUUAAUUAUAAUCUAGACACUCAUACGUCUACAGGGAGGAUCAAGGCAGUUGAGAAGAAGGAAGCCUGUAACAUAGAAAGCAACAGAAAAAAGGAAAUGGAACGUCUUGGCUCGGUUUCUAAAAAUGAAUCCGUUCCUGAAGUUGAAGCCCUGCUGGCAAGAUUACGAGCUUUAUAAAUUAAACUGGUAAAAAAAAUGAUUAAGCCAAAUAUAAAGCUA